UCAGAAUCUUUUUGAGUUUCAGAGGUUUAGGCCUGGCAUCCCAGCGGCCCCGCGCCUCCCGUCCAGGCCUCCCGCACCAUCCCCGGCUGCUCCCCGCGGGUCCGCCUGCGAGGCCGUUUGAGGCGCGUCACUGACCAAGCCGGCGGAGCCCAAGGCGACGGCGGACCGCGAGCGGACGAGACCCGCUUCCACAGGGCACAGGCUCGGGCAACCGCGCCCCUCCCGCAGCAUUGGGCGGCGCCCCUCCGUCAGGCUCGCUCCUUCCUCCAGUGACAGCCGCGACGCCGCCGCCUCUUCCAGUCUCUCCCCACCGUUCUCCAUCAGGCGGUGAAAGGCCCGUCGCCCUCCCUCCCUCCCGACCCCUAAAUCCGCGGGCCAUCGCCGCCCGUGGCCCGAUGGGGUUCGUGGAUCCAGCGGCGCCGCUGCUGGUGACGUGUGGCGGCGACACGGUGAAGCUCUUCGACGUCACGGUGGAGUCCGGCGACCCCUGCGUCCUCGCCUACACCCCCUCGCCAGGCAACCCCGUCAACGCCGUCAAGUGGAACCACACCAAUCUGAUCGUAGCAAGUGCUGGGGAUGAUAAAAAGAUCUCAUUGUGGCAUAAAAAAGGUCAUAAUGUAGGACAGCUACCAACAUCCAGUAUUGAUCGUGGUGAUGACAUAGAGGAGUGCAUUUACUCUAUCAGUUUUAGUAACAAAGGUUCUAGAUAUCUUUGCUCUGGUGGAAGUGGCCAUAUUGUAAGAAUAUGGGAUUUGCAGCGGAAGAGAUGUAUCAAAUGGCUUAGCGGUCACACUGACACAAUUACUGGUGUAAUGUAUAACUGCAAAGAUGAACAUUUGGCAUCGAUCAGCAUGAAGGGGGAUCUCAUUCUUCAUAAUCUUGCUUCUGGAGCACGUGCUGCUGAACUUAGUGAUCCAAAUGGACAGGUUCUGAGGGUGCUUGAUUAUUCACGAAAUAGUAGGCAUUUAUUGGUAACAGCAGGAGAUGAUGGUUCUGUGCAUCUUUGGGAUGCAACUGCAAAAGCUCCGAAGAUGUCAUGGCUGAAGCAACAUUCUGCACCCACAAGUGGUGUUUGUAUCUCGCCAUCCAGUGAUAAGAUAAUUGCUACAGUUGGCCUGGACAAGAAGUUAUACACACUAGAUUCAGGGUCAAGAAGACCGACACACACUAUUCCUCACGAGGCCCCAUUCUCCUCAUUGGCAUAUAAUGAUGACGGUACUAUAUUAGCAGCAGGCACAAAUAGUGGACGUGUGGUAUUCUAUGAUGUUCGGGGAAAACCUCAGCCAUUGACCAUUCUUCGUGCGUAUAAUAGCUCUGAGGCUGUGAUUGGUUUAUGUUGGCAACGGUCGAAGCCUGUUAUUGUUAACGAGAACAGUUCUUCUGAAGUUGCUCUUCUGGGGGGAACUAGUGAAGAGUCUGUUCUCAUGCCAGAUCCCUUGCCAUCGGCAACACCCACAAGUUUUUCUUCUGGAGUAGUGACUACAGGUCUUCGGUCUUCUUUGACAGCAAACACUUCUACCAUGGACGAAACUCCAUAUAGAACUCGCUCAUUAUCUGGAGGACCAUUAUCAAAGCUACAGGCUCCUCGUAGUAACUAUAAUCUAAAGGAUGAUAUGGAUGUCUUUUCACCACUUGUUGAUGUCCAGCCUUUCACACCAUCUAGUGGCAACUGGUGGGAUGAGCAUGGAAGCGAUGAUACAAAAAAAGAUGAUAAAACAGGAGAAAAGAAAUUGUCAACAACUAGGAAGUUUCCGUAUAUGGAAGGCAAUGAUGAGCCUCAUCCAAUCUCAGAUUGGAGGUCUACUGCAAAUUCAAGACAGGAUAGCAUCUCAUCUGUGACUACGACAUCCAUGCCAUCAUGGAAGAGUGAACUGUCUAUAUCUUCACCAGAGACAGCAACUGGAAAUGCAUUACCAGAUAGGCUAGCUCAACGUCAACAGAUCUCACGCUUUGGGGCUUCAGCCUUUUCAACAGGUGGCUUGGCAUUUACAGCCUUACAAGAUUCAUCUUCAGCUGCCAGCCACUCACUAAAGGGUUCUCUAACAAGUAACAUUUUAAUGAAUCUACAAAACAAGGGCAUCUUAAGCAAUGCAAAUUCUUCCUUGGAUGCAUCCUCUCCCAACCUUCAAAGUUCACUUCCCUCAUCCUAUGUUUCAAAGGCUGUGUCAUCCUUGAAUCCCGAUCAACCAGGAGCAGCACAAUCCACUUCUAUGUGGAGACCCACAACAUAUACUGAUAGAAUGAGCUCAUCCUCUGUUUUUAGUGAUGGAUUAGCUUCAGCGUUUGGCUCAACAAAAUCAAAGAAAACGGGAGCAGAAACAAAAGAUGAGUUGCUCAGUAGUCUUUUGUCAAGACAAGAGGCAGCAAUUGCUUCUUCAUCUGCAAGCCCUCUGGCGAGCAAUGGAGUAGUGCCACCCCAAUCAGCAAACACAGGUUCUUCAACUGAUCAACAGGGAGCUUCUUCCUUCUCACUUCAAUAUGUGCAGCGCAUGCUUGAAGAAUCUCUUGGGUCUGUUCAGAAGUCCAUCCAUGAGGAUGUGAGAAAUCUCCACAUUGAACUUCUAAGACAGUUUCACAUGCAGGAGAUGGAAAUGUCCGGCGUGCUGAACUUGGUCUUGGAGAAGGUGGAAGGCCUGACAAAGGAAGUGCAACAAUUAAGACGGGAGAACCAACAGCUCCGGCAGCAGCUUCUCUGAACUUGGUCUUGUUCGUUGUGGAAGAGUGCAAUUUGCGCCAGUUUCUGAGAUAAGCCUGGCUACGAUUCUUAUAUUUCUUUGUUUGCUUGUCUAGGUAAUGACAAAUAGGAUGUUCCUCGGUUCCUGUUCGACAUGGUUGUACAUAGAAUCCUUAGUUUAGAGAAGCAACAUUGAAUUAUUGAUUUCUUUAUUUGUUGUGUACUUGUGUUGAACUGCUUCCAUGUAUUUUGGUGGCACCUGGGUGGCCUGAUUUUGGAUGGCCUAUGUGAAGGCCUAACAUAUAGGUUUUCAAUGUAGCUUUUGUCAUGCUGUUAUGUGCCUUCUGUAUUGAGGCUAAAAACGCUCGUCCUUAAAUAACAUUACAUACUGCUUUGCUUUUGCCA